UUUUUUUGUUUGCAGUGAUUUUGCUUUCGAGUUCGUGGUGCUGUUUUUUUAUCAGUUCCUUUGUUUAUCAGGGUGAGAGGUUAAGAACAACAACCAGCGGAAGAAAAAAGGAGGAACACAGACCGCCGUGGUGUUCUUAAGCAUUGAACGAAGAAGCUUAUCAUUAGCCAUUGAGAGCUUCAGCAGCCAUUCUAUUGUUAUCACCGCCAUAUACUGAAGCACCUAGAAGAGAAGACAAAAUGUCUUUGAAUACUACAAACCUUCCCACACUACAACCAGUGUCGGAAACGUUUGAUGAACACCUUCUUGGUGAGGCGGUUAAAAGGGCAUCAUUGCAGUCUUCACCAGUGAAUCUGUCCAGUAACCUGAAUAGCUUGUCGCUAUCUGGAGGACCGUUAUCUAUGGAUGCAAUUCAGCAGCAGCAGCAACAACAACAACAACAACAAGAGUCAUUAUCACAGCAUCAGCAACAACAGCAUCAAUCGCAACAAGCAUCAUCACAGCAUCAACAUUCACAACAAGAGAUUCAACAUUCACAACAAAGUCAACAGCAGUUAGCAGCAGAGCUACAGCAACAGCCGCAACAGCUGCCUCAGCAUCAACAAGAUUCUUCGAUAUAUACUCUGAAGAUUAAGAACGCCCCCUCCGAUAUCUCAUUAAGAGAAUCUUACUGCAUCUUUGCUCUUGCCAAGGACUUCAUUGGACUUGAACUCGCUCCAGACUCCAACAAUUUGCCGGUGAUAUUCGCAAAGUUUAGAAGUUUAGCUGCUGCAUCUACGUAUUCCCAAAUGUUGGAGUCAAAUCAGGUAUUUGGUCCAACUUAUCCCUUCAAUUUGAAGACUGAAAUUGCUGAUGCUGGGUUCCCUCCAAACUUAAACUUGGGGAUCUCUUCGAAAAGACCGAGUAUUGGGAAUCACAGAUCCAGAUUCUUAUUCACUGACCCCUUCAGUAAUGAUACAAUCUCUGAAUCUGUGGAGCCUACUCAGCAACCGCACAAUGGUUCUGGAAAAUCACUGUUGAUGAUGGAGGCACAACAGGAUGCAAGAGAGUAUGACCAGUUUGUUAGAGAUCCAUGGGCGUUGCAACAAACGUCAAGCCAACCGGGAUCCACUGUGUCUUUGACAGCCCCUCAAUACCUAGGUUCACAACCGCAAACACCAGGUGUUGACUGGGACAGAAGAAUUCAACAGGGAUCCACUUUCUUCACUAACCCAUCGCCAUUGUUGAACUCACAAUUGGGGGCGUCGCAUGUUCAGUCGCAGUUAUCAUUAAACCAAAUAACUUCUCAGUUGCCGCCGUCUACACAGGCAUUGCCACCUGGAUUAAAUCAACAUGGGAAAGUUGGAGCACCUCCACAAUCAGCACCUGUUUCUCAACAGCUUUCAUCAUCAUCGUCAUCACAACAACCCGUGUCACAACAGUCUCAACAACAGUCUCAACAACAGUCUCAACAACAACAAUCUCAACCAAUAGUACAGCAACAACCUUCAUCAUCACAGCAUUCACAGAGCCAAGGGUCAUCACAACCGCUACAAUCUUCGUCAUCAACCAUAUCAAAUCGCUCAUCACAAGUUGACUUAUCACUCUUGGCUAGAGUACCACCACCUGCUAAUCCAGCUGAUCAAAACCCACCAUGUAAUACGCUGUACGUUGGUAAUUUACCUCCUGAUGCCACAGAGGCGGAACUUCGCCAACUGUUCUCCCCUCAAUGUGGAUUCAGAAGGCUCUCGUUUAGAACCAAACAAUCUAAUGGUCCAUCCGGGUCUGGAUCCUCCAAUCAUGCGCAUGGACCAAUGUGCUUUGUUGAAUUUGAAGACAUUGCAUACGCCACAAGGGCAUUGGCAGAGUUAUACGGCAGAACUUUACCAAGACCUGGUGGGGUUACCAAUAAAGGAGGUAUAAGGUUGUCAUUCUCUAAGAACCCAUUGGGAGUUAGAGGACCAGGACAAAGAAGAACUUCUGCUUUCAACUACCAAAACGGGUUCAAAAGUUGAAUUGCUGUAAUGACUUCUUUACCUCUUCUCUAUUGUUUGAGACUGAGUUGUAUCUCAUUGACAUUUUGUGUUUAUCGAUUAAGGACCAUUGAAUUUUUACCUGCUUGUCACUACAUUAUUAUCAGCUAUCUUGCUGGCCACUUAUAUUUCGGAAUUGUUCUUCUUGUGUUGUCUGAUUUCUUCUUUUAUCUAAUUUCCUGUUCCUUUUCUUUUUGUCACGUCCACAUUUCAUUUUUCUAUCUUAUCUUCUUGUGCUUAUUUGAGAGAACGUUGGGAGUAAUCGGUAUCAUAUUCCUUUCAUCUAAUGGUGAUCUGUCUGUUAAUAUACAGCAAAUCCUUGGUGUUCAACAAGAGAAUAUUUUCCGGCCGAACUUCAUCUAUGCUACUUGGAUGUCUAAUUUUUAUGUCUUACUAAAUACGUCGUCUAAUUCGUGAUCUUAUAUUAUAUUAUCAACUAAACGUGUUUG